CUGAGGUCCACACCUUCCAAACAUCAAGGGAAGGUCAGACAGGGAAGAAGGAGACGUCUAACCUCAACUCGAUCGCUGACCGAAAAGCAAUCGGAGCCGGCCACAUCGAGAUCGCCGAAAAAUUGCCGAACAACCCACCUCCGCAAGGCCGUCCAAUUUCAAGGGGAAACGCCAUCACAGUGGGAUCCGGUUUUUCUCCUGUCAUCCUUCAACCGCCUAGGAGCCGCAAGGAGCCGCGGGGGCAGAGCCGUGGCCGGCGAGAGGGCGCACGCAGAGGAAGAAAAAAAAAGAGAGUUUAGUUGA